GGAGAGCUAGAGCAGCUCGGUCCCGUUGGACAGGCAGAUUGUGCAUUCUGGCAGUGCGUGCGGUGCACGUAGUUUACUAUAUACACAACAGAGCGUCAGAAAGACUGAAGUGACUGACUGACUGGUGGGAGAGUGCGGUUUUCCUGUGUCUGCUGAGCUCUGUACUGCAUAUACACAAGAAUACCUCAACAUGGCUGACCCAGAUGUUGUGGCUUCUCGUAAGAAACGAGCUGCUGAAGGAGACUCCAGCCUCGGAUCUGUGGUUGCUAGUCACUAUAACAAUAUUGAGGAGAAGGGACUCAAAGAACGUUCCAAGAGUCGUAUCUUUUACAUGCGCAACUCAAACAACUGGAUCAAGAGUUUCCUCAUAUCAUACUGCCUGAAGCAGAUUCGGGACCGACAAGUGGACGGAUACCCCAUAUCAGUGCUGGAUCUGGGCUGUGGCAAGGGAGGGGAUCUCCUUAAGUGGCAGAAGGGCAACAUUCAAUACUUGGUUUGUGCAGACAUAGCAGAGACCUCAGUGGAGCAGUGCAAGGAACGAUACAACCGGACCAAGAACAAAAGCCGUGGGAACUGUUUCAAUGCAGAGUUCAUCGUGGCUGACUGUACUAAGAAAAGGAUCAAGCCACUGAUGGAGAACUCCAAGAGACAAAUGGAUCUAGUUUCAUGUCAAUUUGCCUUCCACUACUGCUUUGAGAGUCUCCCUCAGGCUGAGACAAUGCUUCGUAAUGUGUCCGAGAACCUCAAGAAGGGAGGAUAUUUUGUGGCCACCAUUCCCAGUGCUUAUGAGAUCAUGUCACGGAUGAAAUCAAGUGGUGGCAGAAAAUGUGGCAACGAGGUGUACACAAUAGAAUUCCCAGAGAGCAGAUCAGAGAAUCCACCACUCUUUGGUGAUCGUUACAAUUUCUUCCUGGAGGGAGUUGUUGACUGUCCAGAGUUCUUAGUUCAUCCAUCCACACUACAGAAACUGGCCAAGAAAUGGGGGCUUGACCUGAUUUGGUGCCGCAAGUUUGACAUAGUAUAUCAGGAUGCCCUUAAGGACCCUGAUUCACAGCAUCUUCUGAAUGUCAUGCAGGCACUAGAGCAAUAUCCUAGUAGGGAUGAGCAGGCCUCAGCUACUGAAGAAGAAUACAGCCAUGCACAGGAGCACCUGAAUGAGCGACAAGGGGUGGAUGCCAUCAGGACACUCUCCAAGUCAGAAUGGGAAGCUUUAUGUAUAUACCAGGCCUGGGUCUUCAGGAAGAUUACAUGAGCAAAGUUGUAACAGGUGGGUGAUUUGAAUGAUGAUAUAGGACAAGAUUGAAGAGGUUCCUGUGGUGAGGCCAUGAGUAAGGAUGGAAAGGAGUGGUGUUACAGUGCCUGAACAACGCAAGGAUGACACAUUGCAACACAUUAGUUGUAUUUUAGCAAAUCUUUUAGUUGGUAGGAAGGUGGAAGGCUGCAUGAAGGCUUGAGAAUCUUUGUAUGUAAUAAUAAUAAUGAUAAUAAUAAA